GGGGUGGGAUGGUGCCGUCGCUCUUGCUGCUCAUUGGUCCCUUGAUUCCAUGGGGUGGAACUGGGCCCGGCCUUAACUCAAUCCGCGGCCCCGGAGCGGUUUCUGGGCAGAGCUGCCAUGCGUUCCGGGGGCCGCGGGCGGUCCCGGCUGCGACCCGGGGAACGUAGCCUCACGGGGGCACCCUCACCGCCGAAGCGCCGCCUUCUGGCGCGGGGGCAGCUCUUGCCCCUGCUGCUGCUGGCGCUGGCCGUGGGCUCGGCGUUCUACACCAUCUGGAGCGGCUGGCACCGCAGGACUGAGGAGCUGCCGCCGGGCAGGGAGCUGCGGGCCCCGUUAAUCGGAAGCCUCCCUGAAACCCGGCUGCGGAAGGUGGUGAGACAACUGGACCCGCAGCGUCUCUGGGGCACUUAUCUGCGCCCCCUGCUGGUUGUGCGAACCCCAGGCAGCCCCGGCAAUCUGCAAGUCAGAAAGUUCCUGGAGGCCACGCUGCGGGCCUUGCCAGCAGGCUGGCAUGUGGAGCUGGAUCCCUUCACAGCCUCGACACCUCUGGGGCCACUGGACUUUGGCAACGUGGUGGCCACGCUGGACCCAGGGGCUGCCCGUCACCUUACCCUCGCCUGCCAUUAUGACUCAAAGCUCUUCUCACCCCGGUCGGCCCCCUUUGUGGGGGCCACGGAUUCAGCUGUGCCCUGUGCCCUGCUACUGGAGCUGGCCCAGGCCCUUGACCCAGAGCUGAGCAGGGCCAAGGAGCAGGCAGCUCCAGUGACCCUGCAACUGCUCUUCUUGGACGGCGAAGAGGCGCUGAAGGAGUGGGGGCCCAAGGACUCCCUUUAUGGCUCCCGGCACCUGGCCCAGCUCAUGGAGUCCAUGCCCCACAGUCCGGGCCCCACCAGGAUCCAGGCUAUUGAGCUCUUUAUGCUUCUCGAUCUCCUGGGAGCCGCCAACCCGACCUUCUACAGUCACUUCCCUCGCACCCUCCGCUGGUUCCAUCGGCUGAGGAGCAUCGAGAGGCGUCUACACCGUUUGAACCUGCUGCAGUCGCAUCCCCAGGAAGUGAUGUACUUCCAACCCGGGGAGCCCCCUGGCUCUGUAGAAGAUGACCACAUCCCCUUCCUCCGCAGAGGGGUCCCCGUGCUCCAUCUCAUCUCCACGCCCUUCCCCUCUGUCUGGCACACGCCUUCGGACACUGAGGCCAAUCUCCACCCGCCCACGAUAUACAACCUGAGCCGCAUCCUCGCCGUGUUCCUGGCUGAAUACCUGGGGCUCUAGCCUGCUGGCCCGACGCCCAGGUGGACAUUAUUCUGAGGGAGAAGUGCCCAGCAGGGGACAUGCUACGGGCAACUGCAGCCAGGGGAGCUCAGGCUGGCUCACCCCUGGCGUGCUGGCUUGACUUUUCCUGCCUUUGGCUCCUACUUGUGCUACAAUUGAAGACUCUCUUUCCUUUGACUGUCUCAAGAGACCACUGUGGGGUGAGAGCUAAAGGAAUAAGAACUUGGCCCUGCCCUGCCGUAAACACUCGGUCUGAAGGUCUUCAGGAGCCAAACGAUGUUCUUCUGGUCACCAAACCAUGGACUGGUGUCUGGAGCAUCCAGACCAUCCAACCAAAUGAAUUCUCUGUGGCUAA